GGAGAAAAUUCCUUCGAAAUGGUGUUUAACGGCUCGGGAAGAGAAGGAGGUUGUUUGUCACUUGGCUCAACCCAGAAGCAGAAGCCUGUCCAACUUGUGUUCAUCGCUCUUCUUCCUCUUUGCCCGCACCUCCCUGCGUUGUCGUUUCAAUGUCAAUAGAGCUCAAACUUUCCCAUGCGAACCGCAUCUAUCGCCCUUUUGAACCUUUGGAGGGCAAAAUCGUUAUAAAAUCUGCUUCUUCGAUUUCUCACUAUGGAAUUCGCCUUACUGUCAGCGGAUCCGUCAACUUGCAGGUUCAUGGAGGAUCGGCUGGAGUCAUUGAGUCUUUUUAUGGCGUUUUAAAGCCUAUCUCCAUUUUGAAUAAGAGCACCGAGGUUAGACCUCCUGGAAAGAUUGGUUCAGGUACAACUGAGAUACUAUUUUCCAUGAUUCUGAGACAGCCAGGAGAAGACAACUUAGAAAGAUUUUAUGAAACCUUCCAUGGAGUCAAUAUCAGCAUUCAGUAUUUAAUAACUGUAGAUAUAAUGAGAGGAUACCUACAUAAAACAUUAUCUACAACAGUGGAGUUCAUAGUUGAAAGCGAUAAAGCAGAUCUUCUUGAGAGGCCGGUUUCUCCUGAGAUGGUUAUAUUUUAUAUUACUCAAGACACACAAAGACAUCCACUGCUGCAUGAAUUAAAAUCAGGUGGAUUCCGGGUGACAGGAAAGAUGUCUUCUCAAUGUUCUUUAUCAGAUCCCAUCACCGGUGAACUAACCGUGGAAGCAUCUGCAGUUCCCAUUUGCUCCAUUGACAUCCAUCUGCUCCGCAUAGAGUCAGUUCUUCUUGGGGAGAAAAUUGUUACUGAAACCUCUCUGAUUCAGACUACCCAGAUCGCAGAUGGAGAUGUCUGUCGCAAUAUGACUUUGCCCAUCUAUGUUAUACUUCCACGUCUUUUGACUUGUCCAACGAUCUUAGCUGGUCCAUUUUCAAUUGAAUUCAAAGUUUCCAUAGUCGUAAGCUUUCAUUGGGAACUAUCCAAAAUACAUUCAAAAUCUGAUCCUACAAACCCUAGUAUUUGGAUGGCAAUGGAAACUUUGCCACUUGAACUGGUCCGGACAAGAUAGGAUGAUUUGUACCGAGACAACAGAUCGAUCAAGACCAAAAUGACUUGUGUAUGAAGCACCUUGUAGAUUUGGCACUACAUCCCCUAUUAAUGUUAAUGUGUAACUAUUUUAGGAACUGAUCCUUACCCCUUUUUGUGUGUAACCAUGUGAUUUUUUUAUUUAUUUUUUAUUUUUUUAAUGGCAAUUCAUCAAUUUUAUAGUAUUGGCAGGUAAAUCUAUCUAUAUAUUUUUCUUAUUAUUUUAAAAGAUAAUUAGUUUGACA